CCUCGUUCCAUUUCUCUCAGGCAGUCAAAGAAACGACGGCGUUGCGUACUUGCGUUGGGUUGCGUUGUUGCGUUGCGUUGCGUUGCGUUGCGUGAGAGUCUCACUGAAGUAAAGCUUGGUCAAAGGCGAGGCGGCGGCGGUUCUCGCCGGAGCUCGGAGCCAUCGUGUCGUGUAGGAGCCCUCAGCUUCAGUCGCGCUCGUGCCUGCGAAUGAUUUCUUCCCUGCUGUGUUCGUGCUCGUAGUCGUUCCCCUGCAAGUGAUGCCCUGCCCGGCAAUGGAGGCAGCAAAGCUUGGCUGCUCCCCGUCAGGGCCUCGCGGGUGGGCGCCGCCGAACUUCCGCUUUCUCUUCCUCCUUCUGGCCGCCGCCGCUGCUUCGGCGACAGACACCAUCCUCCCCGGCGCGGGCAUUUCCGGGAACCAGACACUGGUGUCCAAGAACGGCGACUUCGAGCUGGGCUUCUUCGCUCCGGGCGCCGGCAUCCACCGCUUCCUGGGCGUGCGCUUCAAGAGGAUGCCGAGCACCAGCCCCACGUUCUGGGUCGGGGACAGGGUCGUCAUCUCCGACCUCUCCGCCGCCGCGCUGGAGGUCUUCGCCGGCGGCCUGUGCAUCACGGAGGCCGGGUCUACCCUCUGGUGUUCGCCCGUGCCUGGGGACGUGCCGGGCGCCCCGCCGCCCGCCGCCGCGGUGCUCCUCGGCAACGGUAACCUGGUGGUUAGGGACCAGGCCAACGCCUCGCGGGUGCUGUGGCAGAGCUUCGACUCCCCCGGCGACUCGCUGCUCCCCGGCGCCAGGCUCGGGCUCGUCGACGACACGGGGGCCAACGUCUCGCUGACGUACAAGGAUUACUCGCACAAUGGCAGCGUCAGCGUCGACCGGAGCAGGAGGAACGGGUUCGUGCUCACCACCGAUGGGCAUUCUACUCUGGGCACCUUCCCGGAUUGGAUGGUGACAUCACAAGAUAACGGUAGCUCGCUGGUACUGAAUCCUCCGGACAAUCUUAAUCUGACCGAGUUCUUGCAGUUCCACCUGGGGCAAGUCAGCUUGAUGCGGUGGUCAGAGGAUUCUGGAGCGGCCAAUAGCAGUGGUUGGGUAGCUCGUUGGACCUUCCCUUCAGAUUGCAAAUCCAGUGGCUUCUUCUGUGGCAAUUUCGGUGCUUGCACAAGCAAUGGCAGAUGUGACUGCGUCGAUGGAUUUGAGCCUUCCUAUCCAGCUGAGUGGAACCUCGGAUCCUUUGCUACUGGUUGCUCGAGACCGAGAUCUCUUCCAUUGAGCUGCGAGACGGAUGGCCAGACUGAACAUGAUGAUUCUUUUAUCCUGCAAGACAAGCUGCAGGGGCUCCCUUAUGAUUCUCAGAAUGAUUUAGCAGGAAGUGAUGAAGAUUGUAAGCAAGCCUGUCUCAGCAAAUGCUACUGUGUCGCAUAUGUGUAUGACUCUGGAUGCAAGCUGUGGUACUACAACCUGUACAACCUGAGUUUUGCUUCUAGACCUCCAUACAACAAGGUUUUUGUUCGUUGGGGCUCCAAACUCAAGGCCAAAAAUGGUUUGCACACAGGGCUGAUUGUAUUCUUGGUGGUCGGGUUAGUAGCAUUGGCUGCUGUGAUAUCGGUACUGGUGCUUCUGUGGAGAUACAGGAGAGAUCUAUUUACUUGCAGAAAGUUUGAAGUGGAAGGUUCUCUUGUGUUCUACUCUUAUGCGCAAGUCAAGAAAGCCACAAGGAAUUUCUCUGAUAAACUCGGCGAGGGAGGUUUUGGAAGUGUUUUCAGGGGAACAAUGCCAGGAUCAACUGUUGUCGCUGUUAAGAGUCUCAAAGGUACUGGGCAAGAAGAUAAGCAAUUCAGAGCUGAAGUGCAGACAGUUGGGGUGAUCAAGCACGCCAAUCUUGUCCGGCUUCUGGGAUUUUGUGUUAAAGGAGAUAUGAGGUUGUUGGUCUAUGAGUAUAUGCCUAAUGGGUCUUUGGAUUCACACCUCUUCUCAGAAAGAUCCAGUCUUCUGAACUGGGAUCUUCGCUUCCAGAUUGCACUAGGUAUUGCAAAGGGCCUAGCCUAUCUUCACGAAGAAUGUGAGGACUGCAUCAUACAUUGUGACAUCAAGCCUGAAAACAUACUACUAGAUUCAGAAUUCUGCGCUAAAAUCUCAGACUUUGGCAUGGCAAAGCUUCUUGGACGUGAAUUCAACUCUGCAUUGACCACCAUCCGAGGAACCAUGGGAUACCUCGCGCCAGAGUGGAUAUCUGGGCAGCCCAUCACUAAAAACGCCGAUGUUUAUAGCUUUGGCAUUGUGCUUCUCGAAAUAAUCUCAGGAAGAAGGACUACAAAGAGGCUCAAAUUCGGAAGCCACCGAUACUUCCCUCUUUAUGCAGCUGCACAAGUGAACGAAGGAAAUGUGUUGUGCUUGCUGGAUGGUAGGCUGGAAGGAAAUGCUAAUGUCAAGGAGCUCGACGUCGCCUGCAGAGUUGCCUGUUGGUGCAUCCAGGAUGAGGAGAACGACAGGCCAUCGAUGGGGCAAGUUGUCCGCAUGUUGGAAGGUGUUGUGAACACUGAAAUCCCUCCAAUUCCAUCUUCUUUUCAGAACCUUAUGGAGGGUGAGAACAGCAGUAUAUAUUCUGACGAAGGAUAAGGUUCUAUUUAUUGUGGGAGCGUUUGGUAGGAUGAAUAAUUCAAGGCAAACAAAACCCACAUGUUCCAAGGUUAACACUAGUUUAAUAGGUUUGGUGCUAGACAACUACUGAUUUAGAUCUUGACCUACUGGAUAGCGAUAGCAUAUUUCUGCAUAUAUGUCCAGGUCUAGCUAAUUAUGAAUUACUCCUAGUUAGUAGGAAUUGUAUGUCUUUAUACCAAGAAAUGCGAUGGAGAAGCUGAUAAUUUUGGUCCAGUGUCAUCACUUCCAAAUGUAAAUGAGAGCCUUGACUCUUGAGUUAUGAUAUUUGUAGAGCUUUAUCCUGCAGUUCGAUCAGCACUAAUAUUGCAAAACAAUACUUGUUAUGUUUGUAACAGCUUUGGCAUAUCAGUAUAUGCAUGUUGUAACACCCUUGUUUUCAGAUUU